UGUUAUGGCAACUGGAACUUGAACAGCAACCGACCAACAGCUGUAAAAGCUCCAGGCAAGCCGUGACAUCCCUCGAAAUUGACAGGGACAAACUCGUGCAGCGAAGUUCCGGUCAUCACUCCAUCCCAUACACGCACCGAUGUAUUGCCGCUAGCAGCUGUUGACCUGCCUUACCCCAUCUGGUUGUCGUCGUCUUCGAAGAUUGCGUCCCCCAGCGCCGAGAAGAUCGUCCUGCACCGCCCAAGCGUCGCGGCGGCUCCCUUAGUCCGUCGCCAUGGUUGCGCCCGCCGUGCCUGAACUAACGGAGGAGGUUCUCCAUGAAGCAAUCGACGCCCGUACCGAGUCCCUCGUGUCGCUUCGCGAGCUUGGCCCGCCUGACCUCGUGCAUCUCGUGAAGCAGCCGCUGCGAAGUGGCGGGAAGACACUAGGAGUCUACCACCAUGUCACCGGCGUGGAUGCUUCGUCAUCUGCGAGUCUCGCUGCCUACAUCAACACGCUAGCCAACAAAGAGUUCGGCCCGUCGGCGACUACCAAGACGCUCGAGGGCACAUACUGCUGCUACAAUGCCUUCUCACGAGUCGACAUGCGCGUCCAUGCGCCGUUCCCCGGAUCCGUCGAGAGCUACUGCGUCGACGAGCGAGGCGAGAAACGCAAGGCGACUGACGAGCUCUGGCUGGAAACAUAUCUGUGUAGCGUCCUGCGCGCCUACUCCUAUGCCGACGACGGAACAGGCGACACUAUCCGGAAGAUCAUUGGUGUUAGACGGUUUAACCCAGUGACGAACACCGAGACCGAGCACCGCUUCCUCAGCGCGGCUGAGCAGCUCUUCCUUAGGGGUUGGCAACUUGGAUCGGACUCGGUCGUGCAGGUCCCGAAUCUGGUUUCGAAUCAUCUCACCAGCGGCCUGCUAAAGUACUUCCAUACCACUGGCCGUUACACCUCUGGUAUCAACCUCUUUGAAAAAUUGCGGGCGCAACACGUCGAAGUGGCGUCUCUCCUUGCGAAGGUCCUGUUCAUGGGCAAUGAAGAAGUGCAGGGGAUACGUGUCCUCUACGAGGCUCUGAAGCAGUUGCCGAUGGACUACGUGAUGCUCGACACGCAGGCAGAAUUCCUGCUGAAGAAGGCUCAGACCGCGGCGACACCAGAGCAAAAAGAGGAGAGAUUACGGAUGGCCCUCAGCUGCGCGGAUCGCAGUACCAUCGCAGCUCCUAGUGAGUUCGGGACAUGGGCCAGGUUGGCUGAGGUGUACGUGGCCAUGGAGGACUGGGAGAAUGCCCUCACCACUCUCAACUCGUGCCCCAUGUUCACCUACCAGGACAAGGACGCCCCAGUGAUGCCGGAACCAAGAGACAUUCAUCUCCCGACCCUGCCCGAGACAAGACUGGACGAGAUCGACAGCGAGCCCGAGUCGCGAUACUCCGAGCAGGUUGAUCCGAGCCUGCUGAACUUGCGCGCGGCCGCGUACCGCGGUACCUUUAAGCAUGCGUACAACAUCCUGACGGAGAUGACGGCCAAGAUCGGCUGGGAUCAGCUGCUGAAGAUCCGGAGCAAUGUCUUCGUCAUGGAAGACGAGUACCGCGAGAAGCAGGAGUCGGCGACUUAUCCGAAGAAUCGUAAUGCGAGCACCGACGCCCUGCGCGGAACCCCAGACCCUACCACUAAUGGCGGUAGUGCUUCCGAGGCCGGGGAUGAUGAGGGGAAGGAGGAGAAGGAGGAGGAUGAGGAGGCUGAGAAGGCCAAGGAGGCCGAGGAGGAGAAGGUGUCAAAGGAGGCAGACAGUGGAUCCGCCGCGCAAACGCUUGCCCCUAACGGGCGUGCCGAAGACAUUGAGAGGCCCUCCAGCGCGGUCGAUCCAGACGAGGUCAAGAAGGGCGACGACAGCGGCCCCAAAGACGACCACUUCUCGCGCCUCAACAACAAGCGGCUCUGCGAGCGCUGGCUCGACAGCCUCUUCAUGGUCCUCUACGAGGACCUGCGCGUCUACACGAUCUGGCGCACGCAGAUGGCGCAGUACCGGGCGCAGAGCAUGCAGUACAAGAAGUCGGCCGAGGAGUGGGAGAUCCUGGGCAGCCUGGCCGAGCGGCUGCAGCACGUGGACGAGGCGGUCGAGGCGUACCGCGCGUGCCUGGCGCAGCGCUUCAGCCCCAAGGCGCUGGCCGGCAUCCUCAAGGUGUUUGAGAAGACCAAGGGCAGCACGCGCGACACCGUCGCCGCCACCAUCCGCCUCGUCACCUGGCAGUACCGCUGGUACAGCGAGUUCUCGCCCGAGCUGCUGCACACCGUCCGCAUGCUCAUCGAGGACGAGGGCGCCGUCAAGAUCCGCAGCAUCAUCCAGGCCACCAACCUGCCGCAGUCGGUGCUGGACCUGACGCACCACUACGCCGCGCUCUGUGCCACGUUUAGGAGCAGCGGGACGGAUGGUUAGGCGGGGAAGUGGAAAGUUCAGAGAGAAGCGAGCUCUUAGAGAAAGCGGUGAAGCGACGAGGGGAAGUCUGAUUUCUGUUCGUGUUAGAAGCUAGGUUUGGUGGAAUGGACACGGUGUCGCGGCGGUCUGGGGGCGUCGGAUGUUGUUGUAAUUGGGGAGCGUGUCUCGUUAUACCGUUUCGAUGACCCGGUGUGGAAAACUAGACCAUUUCUUGCGAAUGCCAUUCGAUUAAUUGCGGCUCAACGCUACACAAGGUCCACAGUCCAGGAUAAUGUUUACCCCCUGAAAAGAAAAAAGGGGCGUCACCCCGACAUCACGUUCUUGCGGGGUUCCAUCAGUAAGCAACCACCCUAAACACAGUAGUUUGAGUCAUCCGGUGUGGAA